UCCAGGACUUUCCAGGGCAGGCAAUUUGGAGGGCAACUGACGGCGGACACGGACGAUUCGCAGCUUCAGCCAGAUGCACCAUCGUUCGAGCCGGGCCAGCCGGCAGUAGCGAGAGCCUCCAAAGCACCGCAGCCACGAAAGCGCAGAGCCUCCAAGUCGACUGCUCCCGAUAUCGCCACCCGCAUACACGAAGAUGUUGACAACGGACAAUACGAGUGCCCGAUUUGCACGAACGAGGUCAUGAGGAAUUCGAAGAUGUGGUCCUGCAGAACGUGUUGGACUGUCUUCCACCUUAGUUGCAUCAAGAAGUGGUCGAAGAACGAGGGUUCUGCGGCUUCCCGGCAACAAGAACAAAAUGGAGAGAUGCCUCCUCCUCGCCAAUGGAGAUGUCCCGGUUGCAAUCUGCCAAAGGAUACCCUGCCAAAUUCAUUCACCUGCUGGUGUGAGAAGGAAUUCGACCCGAAGCCGCUCGCUGGACUACCACCAUUCUCCUGCGGACAGACAUGUUCCAGAGAUCGGAUAAUGCCGAAGAAGUGCCCCCAUCCUUGCCCCGAGAUCUGUCAUGCUGGACCUUGCCCGCCAUGCACCCAGAUGGGGCCUACUCAAAUGUGUUUCUGCGGCAAGGAGACCUCCACUAAGAGAUGCCUGGACACGGACUACGAAAACGGUUGGAGCUGCGGCCAAGUUUGUGGAGAGUUGAUGCCUUGCGGGGAGCACUUCUGCGAGCGCCCUUGUCACGAGGGCCUUUGCGGAGCUUGCGAGGUUCGAGUGGACGCACGCUGCUACUGCGGACAGAUGGAGAAGGCUAUUUUGUGCUGCGAUAAAAAUGACGAGAAGCAGAGUAGCCGGAUCCACAAGUCGGAAGCCGAUGAGAACAUCACAGAGCAAUGGGUCGGCCUGUUCGAGUGCGGAAAUCUCUGCAAGAGAUAUUUCGACUGUGGUAAGCACCAAUGUGAGCAGCAUUGCCAUCCGCAAGGAGCCGAACCAAGCCAUUGUCCCCGUUCUCCCGAUGUUGUCAGCCAUUGUCCUUGUGGCAAGACUGAGCUCAAGCACAUCACCGACAAAGCCAGGACUUCCUGCGAAGACCGCAUACCAAACUGCAGCAAGCCCUGUGAUAAGCCUUUGGCUUGCGGUCACUCUUGUCCUCAGGUCUGUCACUCUGGAGACUGUCUACCCUGCUUGAGGAUCGUCCCGAUUCGUUGCCGAUGUGGGAGGACAGAACUGUCGACAGUGUGCCACCAGGGAGUCGAGGAAUCCCCUCAGUGCAUGCGUACUUGCCGUGUCACCCUCAACUGUGGUCGUCACGAAUGCGGCGAGCACUGUUGUCCGGGCGAGAAGAAAGCGGCUCAGCGCGCAGCCAACCGCCGGAAGCCACGCCGUCUCGACGAAGCAGCCACACGUCCCGUGGAUGAUGGUUGGGAGGCUGAACACAUCUGCACACGGCCUUGCGGUCGCUUGCUGAAAUGUGGUAACCACAGCUGUCAAGAGCUUUGCCAUAAGGGCCCAUGUGGCAGCUGCCGUGAAGCUAUAUUCGAUGAAAUCAGCUGCGACUGUGGCAGAACAGUCUUGCAGCCUCCGCUGCCUUGUGGCACCAAGCCUCCGCCUUGCCGCUUUCAGUGCGGGCGGCCUAAGGCUUGUGGCCACCCGCAAGUUGUUCACAACUGUCAUCAAGAUGAUGAGAGUUGCCCCAAGUGUCCUUUCCUCACUGUUAAGCCUUGCAUGUGCGGGAAGAACAUUCUUAAGAACCAGCCUUGUUGGCUAGCAGACGCGAGAUGCGGAGAGAUUUGCGGCAGGAAAUUGAAGUGCGGUGCUCAUCGCUGCAGGAAGCCUUGUCACAAGCCCGGAGAGUGCGAGGAUGCCGGAACGAGCUGCCAACAAGCUUGUGGCAAGGAAAAGACGUGUGGUCACCCUUGUUCCAACACCUGCCACUCACCGUACGCUUGUGAUGAGAGCAAGCCUUGUCAGUACAAGGUUCUCAUCACCUGCCCGUGUCAGCACAACAAGCAAGAGGCCAAAUGCCUUGCUAUGAAAGACAGCAAAGGUAACCUCGAAAAGACACUCAAAUGUGAUGAUGAGUGCGCCAGGCUUGAAAGAAACCGCAAGCUUGCCUUGGCCCUCAACGUCGACCCCGAAGCGCACAAGGACGACCAUAUCCCGUAUUCUGCGGAGACCCUCUCGUUAUUCCAGCAAAACGUCCAGUGGGCGCAGACACAAGAAAGAGAGUUCCGAGUCUUUGCCACCAGCCCCGAGGAGAAGAGACUACGCUUUAAGCCAAUGCCAUCUCACCAACGAGCCUUCCUUCAUGCACUGGCAGAGGACUUUGGUCUCGACUCAGAAAGCAUGGAUCCCGAGCCUCACCGACACGUUGUCAUCUACAAGACGCCUCGCUUCGUAGCUGCCCCUAGUAAAACUGUGGGUGAAUGUGUACGUAUUCGCUACAACCAGCGGGCCAUUACCACCACCGCCACAGCUGCAGCGGAGCCCAAGAAGCUCAAGGCCAGCAAUGUGGUCGGUGAUCCUUACAACGGCUUCCUUCUGUCAAACCCGCGCUUCGGCCUUACCAUUGAGGAGCUACGCGCAGCGGUCCGCCACGUCCUCGACGCCAUUGCGGGCGUGCAGUUUGAUAUUUCGUUCCUGCCCAGCGACGAGGUAGUCCUCAAAGCCAACUCAAGCCUCGCCGAACGCGACCUAGAAACCUCGCUCAAGAAUACCAAGAUGUCGCUAGCGAAAGAGGUGCGCUCGUACUCGCUCGGUAGCAUCCAGCUCAGCCGCUUCGACUCGAGCCUCAACGUCCUGCGACGCGAGACCGACUCCGUCGCCAACGGCGGCUGGUCCCAGGUCGCGGCCAAGGCGGCAGCGCCAGCGAAGAGGCCUGCGCCGGGCACACGCGCUGGCAAGCCGUCGAAUAGCUUUACGGUGCUGAGCUUGAGCAGCAAGAAGAAGAAAGAGGAGAAGAAGAGGGCUGAGGAUGUGGUGGAUGAUUGGGAGACGGCGGAGCUGGAGGAGGAAGAAAAGGAGAAGGUGGCCAGUGGG